AUGGCGGAUCAACUUACUGAGGAGCAAAUCGCCGGUAAGUUUUGAUUUAUCGCUUCUUUCGGUUUAGUCUUGUUCAAGAAAUUUUGGUAACAUUGAAUUUUAGGCAUAUUUAUUGUCUUUGCUCCUUUUGGUUUCGAAAUAAUGUUGAAAUUUUGAAAUAUAGGCUGCUUGCUUUGUUGAGAUUUGACUUUCUAAUCAAUCUAACCUUGAAAUACAUUUCGAAGGUUCUGAAUCUUGCCUCAUUUUGUCUUUCGUAUUUUGGCCUGAAUUCAAGGCGGAAUUUGCGAGUCAGGAGUUACUUUGUGGUCUCGUUUUUGUGCCUUCAUGCAUUUUCAAUGAUCUCUCUUUCUAGAAUUCAAAGAGGCGUUCUCACUUUUCGACAAGGACGGAGAUGGAACGAUCACCACCAAGGAAUUGGGUACAGUCAUGCGUUCCUUGGGGCAGAAUCCCACUGAGGCCGAGCUGCAAGACAUGAUCAACGAAGUCGAUGCGGACGGCAACGGUACCAUUGAUUUUCCCGAGUUCUUGACCAUGAUGGCCCGCAAAAUGAAGGACACCGACAGCGAAGAAGAGAUCCGUGAAGCCUUCCGAGUAAGUUGUUUCCGGCAUGAAUAAGGUUUUGAUUCUUUAGGUCUUCGACAAGGACGGCAAUGGUUUCAUCUCAGCUGCUGAGCUUCGUCACGUCAUGACCAACCUUGGCGAGAAGUUGACCGAUGAAGAGGUGGAUGAAAUGAUCCGAGAAGCCGACAUCGAUGGUGACGGACAAGUCAAUUAUGAAGGUGAGCUUAUCUCGAGAUGUUUUUGAGGAGUGUUGCGCGUAUUAGAGUGUGGAAACAAAUUUAGGCUGUUUUUCUAGUUUUUUUUAAGUUAUUUGAGUUUAAUUGGAUUUAAUUGUCUCUGACAACGUUUUGAGUGGUUAGACAAAGUCAAAAAAGAGGGAAGACAUUCUGUGACCUAAAAAAACCCAAUGUUACACUUUACGAUAUAACACCUUCUUUUUGUUGAGAAGAAGGUGGAAUUUCUGGGGCAAAGUGAUGUGGGCGUAAACUUUUUUAUUGCUGGAUACUGUAGCAUAUAAAUGUAAAUGUUCUUAGAGGGUUGAAACCCUUGAGUGUCGGCUAACACCGAAAUAAUCUGACUCAUUUCAGAGUUCGUUACCAUGAUGACAACCAAAUAA